AUGUCAUCGCAAGAUCCGUCUAGCCGACUCGCCGAGUCUGGCAUCACGAUCCAUUCCGACAGCGAGCACUACUCCGCCGUUGAAGACUCUUCGACCUCCCCACCGUCUUCCUCUUCGCCCGUCAUCCUCUACAGACCCCCCACCGUCUGGUCGAUAAUACGCGGUGCCGCCAUCAACCUGUUCCUUCCUUUCAUCAAUGGAAUGAUGCUGGGUUUCGGCGAGCUGUUUGCACACGAGGCUGCGUUCCGGUUAGGUUGGGGUGGUACCAAGAAUCUCGUCGAGACUGCUUCGCUCGGCACUCGUUUCCCUACUAACCAGCGCGUCCAGGUCUUCCCUCUAAGCCGCCGGCGUGCGUAUCCUAUAGGCCCAGGUGUCGAGAUUUCCGAGCGAUCGAGGCGAGGUGAGCGCCUCUAA